AUGCUGUUGCUCACGAUCAGGAAUCAUCACAAGUUAGUUGGUUCGGUAGAGGUGUCCGUUCGACAAUCCGGUCGUAUGUCGAAACGGAAACGGCGGUCGGGUGGUGGCUCGAAGGCCAGCCCCAAACAAAAUAAGAGCGCAAAGGCGCUGAAAAGUCCGAAGGAACCGGACAGCAAACGAUUGCGGUCGGAAAUAGACCGAAUGUCUGUUUUUUCCGCUCACCCCGCGAGUAUUGCGAGCGCAGUGAAAACUGCAACAAACAAUAGCGACGUCGGUGACUUUGGCGGAUCUACGCAGGAGUUGCGUGCUGAAGAUAUGCAGUUGCAAGUGAAAGUUAAGCUUCCACCCAUCAUGGUGAAAUCGGUCCCUCUCGAGAAGUUAAUGAAAACCAUGAAGGCGCUUGGUGUUUCGGCCGAAUAUAAAAUCUGCCGGAUUGGCACAAAGAUCAUGGUGAAGUCCAAAGAUGAUUUUGGAAAAGCUACUACAUAUCUGAAAAGUAGCAAAACAGAGUUUUUCACUCACGACUUCGCCAGUGAAAAACCGUUCAAGGCUGUGAUUCGCGGGCUGCCUGAAAUGACAAUCGAGGAAAUAGAAGAGGAACUGCGUGUACACUACAAACUAGCAACGGUAGGUGUAUUCCGGAUGUCCCGACGUGACAAGACUAAAACUUUUCGCGACUGCCUGUAUCUAGUGCAUUUCGCUAAAGGUUCAGUUACGCUAAACGCACUCCAGGCAGUGAGAUCAAUCGGAUCGAUCGUCGUCCGCUGGGAGCCAUAUCGCGCUCUCAACCGCGAUGUUACCCAGUGUCAGAGAUGUUUGAAUUUCGGACAUGGUACCCGGAAUUGCAACGUGAAACCUCGCUGUGGUUAUUGUGGUCAGCGGCAUGCCUCUAUCGACUGUUUGGUGGAAGGUGCCAUCGAAUACCGCUGUGCAAAUUGCGAUGGAAAGCAUCGAGGUUCGGACCGAUCCUGCCCGAAGCGGGAGGAAUAUAAAAACAUUCGUAAGAAAGCCUCCACCCAAGGACAAGCAGGAAAGACGCGUCAGGAAGUGCCAGUGUUCUCAGCCAGCAACUUUCCCGAACUGGUCCCAAGAAGACCAGGAUCCGAGACCCCUCCAAUCGGGCCUCCUACAAAUCGCCGCGAGCCUACUUCCGCUUGUCUCGGGCCUAAUACCACGCAUCCGGGCCCAUCUGCUUCUCGUCCGAUGGCUCCAACCAGCAGCCCGUGGGCUCUUCCUCCUCAUUUUAGCCAGGAUGGUGGCCAUCCAACAAGUUCUCCUGAUCAGCACUCCUCGCCAUUAUUUACGGCUGAGCAACUGAUGGGCAUCUUCACCGAAAUGUGUGGCAAGCUACAACAGUGCCGCACUCGCCAAGACCAGAUCUACGUUCUGGGAUUAUUGGUCAUUAGUUAUGGCUGCUAA